UAUUGUAAAAUAGCAAAAUGGCAAAUAGUGGAACACACAACACACCUCAUGACAACUUAACUUGACAGUUUGUCAACAAACGUCAAAAAUCUUGAUUUCGUUCGUUGCGAAACCGUGUUUUUCCGAAUUUUAGGAAAAUUUUACGGAAAAUUUCACUGUUUAAAAUGAAUUCAAGUGUGUUUAUUAGUUUAAUUUAACUCCUAAAUCCGGCGAGAUGGAAAACCCCGUCGCUGAAGUGAAAGUGGACGCUGAAAAUACCGAAAUAAAAGUUGUUGAGAAGCCGAAGAAAAGUUGGCCAAGAAAUGCUCUGCUUUUCACUAUCGCACUAAUCCUAGGCUACAUCCACUACAAAUAUGCAUCAACCCUCUUCGACAACGAUCGCAACUUUGCGUACCUCUCAGAUCUCGAACGGGAGAUGUCUUUCCGAACCGAGAUGGGGUUCUACUACUCGUACUACAAAACCGUGGUGGAGGAGAAACCGUUCGUAGCUGGGAUCACUAAGCUGAUGUACGAUAAGCUUGUGGAGUUCCCGAAGGAUGUGAAUGCGUUGAAUCGGUUUAAUAUACACCCUGAGGUACUCCUAGGAGCCAUAUACCGCUACUUCGAACCACGUCUCAACACGUCCUCCAACGUGGAGUGUCUGACAGUGGCCCGGGGCGAAGGCCUGCCUCCAGUGGCUUCGUGCACCGGGCUCGGGGUGCCGGUCCUGUUCUACUUGGAGGCGAUAUGGUGGCUGGCCGGCGUCACUGUGGCCGCUGUGUUCCUGCACGCCACUCUCAUCAGCGAGAGCAUCCUAGGCGGUUUCCUGGCUGUCACUCAAUACUUUGCCAACCACUCAGAGCUGACCCGCGUUCACUGGGCCCCCAAUGAGAGGGAGAACUUCGCGUGGCCUCUACUGCUGGUUCAGGCUUGGCUGGUCAGCUUCCAGAUCAGGGAUCACGGGAAGAAGACCACUUUUCAGCUGCAAGUAGCAAUAUUCUUCUUAAACUGCACAGCGCUGUUAUUCUGGCAAUUCUCUCAAUUCGUGUUCCUCACACAGAUCGCCAUAUUUUUCAUCAUGGAACAACUUAGAAUAAUCAACAUGAAAGCAUUUUGCAUCUUCCUACAUUCUCACUUCUGUGGCUUACACACAGCAGUGUUGCUACUACAAGGGAACGACAUGCUAAAAUCGUCCUUAUACGUUUCUUUUUUCAUAUCAGUGUCCGCAUACUGUUUGUUCUUCAGUUCUUUAAGAAUUAAGGUCGAAAAUACACUGGACUUCUUCGUGGAAGCAUGGCUGGUUUUGUUAAGAAUCUUCAUUAUAGUAUGCUCAUCGAUUUACUUCAAAAAGUUGAUCAGUGAGUUCUUGGAUGUGCAAGAAGAUACGCAUAUAUGGGAGCUGUUGUAUUCGAAAUUUAGUAACUACAAAAGUUUUCAUACAUUAAUGUAUACUUGUAGCGACGUGUAUGACUUCCUACCGUGGUCUACUAUAGUUCGUUUGCUAAAAUCAUUUUUGAUUCCUUUCGUUAUUUACAAUAUUCUGUAUGUGGUCAAUUUCUGGUGCCAAAGAGCUUGUGAUACUCUAAUAGAGAAUGAGCAGAAAGAAAAAGAGCAAGACAGUGGGAAUGGACAAGAUGAUGAAGACAGUGGCAUAGAGAACUCGACCACAGACAAUAAAGUGAAGAAGCGAAAGCCCAAAGAGGAUGAAAAUCAAGACAAUUUUAUAGCGUUUGUGAAAAGUUUGGAAAUAGAACCGCAUGUGUUCUAUGGGAUAGCACAGAUGGUUGUCUAUGGUGUCAUGGCGGCUUUGAUAAUGCGGUUGAAGCUGCUUUUUGUGACGCAAAUGUGUAUUGUCUCUGGUCUGCUGAUGAACACUAAAUAUUGGAGAUUUGUGCUACCCAACAAGAAGUAUAUUCCAUUUUUAUGGGGAAUCCUUCUGGUGCCAGUCUGCAUCGCUCUCUUCGAAAAUGUGAACAAAGAGACGUCUUACGUUGGCCAGUUCAGCGACCCACCUCUAGAGGAACUCCUCCAAUGGAUCAGCAAGCACACUGAACCGUCGUCAGCGUUUGCCGGCAGCAUGCCUCUCAUGGCGGCCGUCAUGCUGUCCACGCGGCGACCCAUAGUGACGCACCCACACUAUGAACAUCAUGACGCCAGGCAGCGAACAUACGCCGUAUACAAAAUGUACGGCAGGUUCACAGCUGAAGAACUGUAUGAAGAGCUCACUAAACUGAAGACCACGUAUCUGGUGGUGGAGUGGCAGUAUUGCUAUGGGAAGAGCAACAAAAACUGCACGUUCGAAGACAUAUGGGACAGCGUGUCCCAAACGUCCCGCGCUGUCCCGCCGCUGUGCCGUGCGUUACUCACGCGCGCGCCUGAUCACUUCUACCCGGUGUUCCGGAAUAGGAGGUACACUGUGCAUCGGCUGCAUGACGUCAGCCUGAGGUACAUGCCUCGCAGUUUCGAUACCUGACAUCUAGACACGUCGGGGCCGCCGCCCCGCGCUCAGAACCAAUGAACACGCCAAGUAUGAACUACCCGCGCUAAAUACUAUGGACUACCCUCGCGAAGUAUACUGGACUACCCUUGCGAAAUACAUAUUGGUCAGUCAUAAAAUAUGUAGUGGAUUACCCUUGUAAAAUAUACAUAGACACUGAUUUACCUUCCUGAAACGUAUACUGAACUACUCUUGCAAAAUAUAUGUGCAUAUUACAUACUGGUCUAUCAUACUACCCACGCUAAAUACUAUGGACUACCCUCGCGAAGUAUACUGGACUACUCUUGCGAAAUAUACACAAAUUACUCUUACCAAAUGCAUGAGAAACUAUCUUACUCAAUAAGACUAAACUACCCUAGUAAUAUACAUUCUGAACUACCUUCACAAAAAUAUUACAUACUUAACUACCCUCGAAAAAUACAUCCUGCUGGUCUACCCUCAGUAACUAUACACCGAUCUACACUCGCUAAAUGUACAUUAAUCUAAAUCUACCCUCACGAAAUAAUCACUUAACUACCCGCACUAAAUACAUUCUGAAUUCCGGACUACCCCGGCCCCGCAAAAACACACUGAACUACCGUCACGGAAUAAUCACUAAACUACCUUCACGAAGAACGUAUGUACUUAACUACUCCCAUAAAAUGCAUCUUACUUGUCUACCCUCACCAAAAAUACACCGAUCCACACACGAAAUACAUACUGAACUAAGAUAAUAGAACUACCCUCGCGAAAUUCAAUCUUUCACGACAUCACUCGCUCCCUUUCUCUCGCGAUAAUGUGCGAGUGAAUAAACACUUAACUGUCAAGUGUUAGUUCAUAUACUACGCCUAUUAUUUCAUUAUGUAUAUCAAAUAGCGUAUAUUAUUAUCAUUAUAAUCGAAUAUUUGUGUUAUUUAUGAAUGAACGGUGCUAGAGAAAGUUUGAAAAUUAUUGUGAAUAGUUAUAAUGAAUGUUUAGAGUAAUAGAUGAUUUAUUAUUUAGAAAAAUAUUUUUAAAUUACUUCAAUAAGAAAACCCGCUAAGUAUACUUUUACUUUUUAAAAUGGAGUAGAUUGUCUAUGAUUUAAAAGACUGUCGUCUCUAUGGUUGGUGUCACAGAUAUAAAUCAAGUAUGAGUGCUAGUCUUACUUAAAAGCAUUUAUUUAAAUAUGUAUUACCGAAUUGUAUUAUAUUAUUGUCUUAGACUUCCAGCA